CAAUGUUCAUUUAUUAAUUGCACGUCAAUGUCAAAUCCUCUAGUGUUCAAAUAUGUAGUCGUUAUAAAUUAAAAAAUCUAAAAUCAUAUAAAAAUGCAGAAAAACAAUCGCUUAGGUCGGACUGUUGCGAACAAACAUGAUGUACAGACUAAAGUAUUGUUUGCCAAAUGUAAGAAAGUUGAGAACAAUUUGAAUGACAAGUUUCGUUUGGAAUUGAUGAAGAAUAGAAGCUGUUAUUUCAGUCCAGAUACAAAAGACGCGCAGCAGGUUACUGAAGGUGUGGAGAAAACUGAGUUUCAGCAUCCAGUGCGCGUGCAAUACUCUGCACAGGAACAAACCGAUUCAACUCUGCCUCAAGACAUCAAAGACCUCUUAUGGAAACUAAAGCAUUUGCUGCGUAACGUAUUACCUGAAGCAACACCGUCAAAUCCGUUGAGUGUUACUCAUAGUAUUUAUAAAGAUAUCUACGAUUUUCCGAAACAUGUCACGCGACCUCUUUUACACAGAGACGCUGAAGUUUUAACGCAACGACAGUCAAAGGCUUUUGUACGUUCAAAUAGAGUACAUAUUCACAAUGAACCUCGUGUAAAAAUAAUAGCGGAGAAGUUUGCGAGAUACAAGAAGGAAAAUGUGGAAAUAAGGAGACUAAAGGAGCGUAUAGUUUGCGUGGAAUACGAUGUAUUUCAGUACGGUAGUUGCUCGAAACCUAUGCAAACUUUAAGAGCUUAUUUUUCGGUUAGACAAUUUUGCGAGAUUGAAAAAGACAUUCCGUCAAUUCCGUCAGCCGUCAAACGUAAUAACAAAAUAACGGAUGAAGAUUUAAAAUACGGCGGCGAAAUUGGUAUAGAAAUAAUCGACGCGAAAAUACCAGAAAACAAAUCGUAUCUUGAAGGUCUAAAAAGGGUUUUGAAAUGCCAACAAGCGAAUCGAAUAAGAAAAAACAAAAAUCUAGACCCAAUGUAUUUGUAUGGGAUGGCUAAACAAGAUAUGUUGAACAAUGAUUAUUGCUACACGGAUCUUACAAAGGCAGAAUUAGAUGAAAUAAAGGAUUUAAUUCUUAGGAAAACGUCAUCAAGCCUUCAUGGAAUAACUAGAAAAAGAUUGACAGCAGAAAGAGAUACAGAUAAACAAAAUGAAAGGAAAACUGGCAACACUAUUUUAGAUGACUUAUCUAGAUUCAUAUGUUAAUAAAAUACAGAUUA